CCUUGACCCACGCCCUGAAUGUUCUAGCCCCCUCCCCGUCCGGACGACUAGGAGUGUUGCAUCGGAAAAGGUCCCACUGGGAACGAGUGGCUUCUAAGAAAAGACGAGGCGAUGGUCAGAAGAGCUUUGUCGUUGACCUGGACCACCGGCCAGACGCGAACCCGGCAUCUUGUCACCGGCCCACGCCCGGGGCCCGGCAGUGAUACAUGGGCGCCCGACAAUCAAGUAGAAUCCAGGCUGAGCCGAGCGAGCCCUUGCCUGAAACGACACGACACCGGCCGAUCAGUCCAAUCAUCCGUUACCGUCCUAGCGCUAGCAACUUGUGCAGUUGAUACGUGACUGGCAGUGCCAUUGAGCCCGGGAUGCUGAUCUUUCAACUGGCAUAUGGCAUGAGAGGGGGAGAAGGACGGGGGGGCGAGAGGCGGGAGGCGGAAGAAGGAUGCGGGGAAGCUCAGACUAAACGAAGUUAGGACCGACGAGAUAUAAGAAGCAGUUGACGAUGUCCUCUGCCUCUGAGAAACCCUUCAUUAUCACUCACUCUUCCUCACUCAACUCUCACUCAUAGCAGCUCGCCACCAGCGUUCCAUUGAGUCUCAGCCACAUACGCCUUUAGUUCAAUAUCGCACCUGCAACCUCUCUCAGUGUGUCUUGAACACCUAGGAUCAACCACCUCCGUCAUCGAUCUCUGCGACCGAAGCCACAUACAUACCUUUGGACUUGGAGAACAUUUCCCGCCACCCAGCUUCCCUCCCACCCAACUGCACCACCAAUACUCCCUACCUCUCUUCCGGACCUCUUUUGAAGCCGCAAGGAUGUCACGACUCGCAGUGCAGCCCAUUACCGCCCCCGUGGCACCCAUCGUCGGACAUCAGCCCAAAGCCUUCCACGCGAGCCCUAAGCCCCUCGGUCCCCAUAUUACCUCGCCGACUCUCACCCGGGUUCUCCCCGAGUUUAACCUCCAGGGCAAGGUCAUUGUCGUCUCCGGUGGCGCACGAGGACUCGGUCUCACACAAGCAGAAGCGCUUCUGGAAGCUGGCGCGAUAGUUCACGCAAUCGACCGCCUCCCUAAGCCGGACCCGGACUUUGAGAAGGUCGCCCUCCGCGCCAACACGGAGCUUGCGACCUCGUUGACAUACCACCAAGUUGACGUGCGCGACGUCCCAGCCCUCAACGAGAUUGUCGAAGGUAUCGCCAACAGACACGGCCGCCUGGACGGCCUCAUUGCCGCCGCUGGUAUUCAGCAGGAGACGCCCGCACUCGAGUACAAGGCCGAGGAUGUCGACAAGAUGAUGGGGGUCAACGUCACGGGCGCCUUCAUGACGGCGCAGGCGGUCGCCCGGCAGAUGGUGAGGCUCAACACCAGCGGCAGCAUCGUCUUGAUUGCGAGCAUGAGUGGCACCGUCGCCAACAGGGGAUUAAUUUGCCCUGCAUACAACGCCUCCAAGGCGGCAGUCUUGCAACUCGCCCGCAACUUGGCUGCCGAGUGGGGCGUGCACGGCAUCCGUGUCAACACUAUCUCGCCAGGCUAUAUCGUCACUGCUAUGGUCGAGGCUCUCUUCGAGACGUAUCCAGAGCGCAAGGUGGAGUGGCCGAAGCACAACAUGCUCGGAAGACUCAGCCAGCCCAACGAGUACCGCGGUGCCGCCGUCUUCUUGUUGAGCGAUGCCAGCAGCUUCAUGACAGGCAGUGACUUGCGCAUCGACGGUGGGCACUGCGCGUGGUGAGAAUGGUGAGGGGAAAAGGGGGAACAUCGGCGUUAUUUGAUUAUUCUUAAUACACCCAGGCCUUCUUCCGGGGGUCUGGCGGGUUCGCUUUUGUAGAGAGCUGGAUACCUAUAAUACAUUC